AGUUAGUCGAUACCCGAGUGCCGAACUAGACUGAUGUGUCUCGCGUGAACAUAUACCGAAGUUUCGACUCGUGCGGUUGUACUUAUCCGACCACCAAUUACCUUCCUGACCGCAUCUAUCAUAUAUAUCGAACAGGGGAAUUCGUGUCCUUAAUUUGGGGCAAAAGUUAUUGAUGCUUUUAGUGCAUAUAGUCCAAUACGGAAAUCACCCAUUGUGGAGGAGUAUUGUGUGUAGAUGCUGAUAUCCGUUGCACAGUGUUCUUAUUAAAGUGAGAAGAUGAGCAGUCUUGGAGUUGCAGUUACUUUUGCCGUUCUACUAGCGAUUGGUUAUGUCACAGCUCUCGAAUGGGAUGCUGUGGUCACGACUGACAGCGGAAUUUUGUUCUUUGACAAGAAUUGGACACAAAUAUCCUCCGGAGGACAUCAAUUCCAUCACAUUUCGGCGUUCGCUUACGAUGAGGUGAAGCGAAAAAUAUACUUCAGUGAUCUCAAGGAUCCAAGUUUUCGAAUAUUUUCGUUAGAUACGAAUCCCGAGGAGGAGUAUCAUAAGGUAGCAAAACUACUGCCAAAGUCAGACCAAACCGGUUACAUUACAGGGUUGGCAUUUGAUCACCUCGAGCGUAAGCUCUACUGGGCUGAGAAGGGGACACAUUCAGUUUACUCAGUCGAAGUUGAUAAACUGGGAACCGCGACAAACGGCACCGUGGCUCCUAUCAACUUAAUCACCCAAGUUGAAGAAAAUCACGACUUGGCAUCUUUGACUAUCGACGAAUGCCGUAGACACCUGUACUGGACUAACAGCUACCUGCAGACCUCCAAUAUCGUCCGGGCCGCAAUGAACGGCACGGUACUGGACUCUCACAAGGAGGACGUCUAUGAGCCAAAGGGUAUUUCCGUCGAUCAUUACAACAAUCGCAUCUACUGGGUGGAGAAGAAGUACGGUCGAGCAUUCACCGUUGAGAGCGCCAAUCUAGAAAUACAAGACAAGCAAACAUUUCUCAGGGGUGAGGAUAAGAUACCAACGCACGUGUCAUUGGACAGUGAAUAUUUGUACUGGAUUGACCAAGAGGAUGGUGAAGUACAUGAAACGUGGAAAUCUGAUUCCAAAGUGACGCGGGUCGUCCAUAGAGGCAAUCGUCCAUCGGCACUCAUAAUCCGCUCAAGUUUAUUGAUAGAAUAUCAGAAAAAUAAUCCAAGCUGUAAAUCUGUUGUGUCUAAAAUCAUAGACAACGUGAGAAAGGAGUCGAGUGGAAUUAUAGAUACAACGCAGGUUGUAACGCCCAAACCGGAACUGAUAACUUGUUUAAAUAAAGGCAUCCUGAACCACAACACCAAUAGUUGUAUUUGUCUACCCGAAUACCAGGGUACAUUUUGUGAGAUUCCUAUCUGUAACAAUUUUUGCGUUCAUGGGGAAUGUGUUGUGGGUGCUGACAGUCGACCAAUGUGCAAGUGCCAUACUGAAUUCGAGGGCGAGAGGUGUGAUCGCAACAAAUGUGAUAGAUUCUGUCUGAACAACGGACGGUGCACGCUCAGCGGUGCCGGUGAAAAGUCUUGUACUUGUUCGAAAAAUUUUAGUGGUGCUCGAUGCGAAACCGCAAUCUGUACGUCGGACUACUGCUAUAAUGGAGAGUGUUUUGUGGAGAAUGAAGUUCCAAAGUGCAAAUGCAGUGUCGGCUAUCGGGGGGAUCGAUGUGAGGAGUAUACGUGCAACAACUACUGUCUGCAUGACGGUAAAUGCAUUUUGAACAAUGACACCAUGCUGGUCGAGUGUCGUUGCAGUCCGGAAUUCACCGGAAAGCGAUGUGAGAUUCCGAAGCGGUUCUGUUCGCUGGACAACGGCAAUCCAGACAUGCAGCAAUAUUGUGAGGGGGUUGCAGUUGCAACGCAUCUCGUCGAACCACAGGUCACGUACUGUAAAAGUUCCUUCAAUCGUACUGUCGUGUAUGUCUCACUUGCCUUCACGGCAUCGUUAGUUAUCCUGGUGAUUAUUUUGUACACGAUGCGCCGAAUCUACGAACGCAACCGACCACGCAUUACCAAGAGAUUCAAGGUCACCAAUAACACACAAAUGACCUCCCGGCCGGCAACACAGUGCGAGAUCACUAUUGAGAAUUGCUGCAACAUGAACGUGUGUGAAACGCCAUGCUUUGACACAAAAAUGCUACAGAAAUCGUCCGCAAAGACAGAGGACAAACAAUUUCUACUGGACGAUAUUGAAAGCAUAGCCGGUUCAUAUCGUAAGCUUCCGAGUUGCGUUGCCGACAAGAACUAGCCUUGUUGAUCGCAUGAGACUGAAAACUGCCACCAGCACGUGGUCAAUACUCCUCUCUACAGAGCGGCAGCUGUAAAAGUGCGAUUAAAUGUAGUACACGUACUGUACACAAAUCGAAGGUACAAUGGGCACUGACCAUUGCCACAACUGAAAUCUCUCCAAUAGCAAUAGUUAGUUGUGAACUAAAUUAUGUGAUUAGUUGUAUGCUAGGUUAGGUAAAUAGUUUGCUUGAGAAGUAGGUGCAGUUGUUAGAGUUGAAAUAUUAGCAAAUCUCUUUUUCAUUUUAAAGGCGUGUCAAUCUAGUAAAGUAUCUUUUAAAUUAGUUUUUUUUGUCCUUUUUCUGUUCAUUUUGAACACUAUGCAGCUUUUUUAAAGUGUUAGAAAAAAAAAAUAUUUUGAGAUUGGUCUAAUUAUUUCAACAAAGGCACAUAUGAUUAGUUGAAAAAUGUUCCUUGAAAAAUGGAACUGAAUGAGAGAUAAGCGCAAGCAACUACACAAUUACACAUGUCUGAGGCAAUAGUUAGAACCGCUCGCCAUAGAGAAGGCAUAGAAAUUAAACAACGCGCAAAGGUUACCCAUUUUUGCUUUACAGAGACCAAACAAAUGUACCUUUUCAAAGAAUAAGUCAGCAAAUUGUAUGUGUUACAAUAAUUAAUCUGGACUUGAAAAGUAUCACUUCACUAUGCGGUUUACUUGCUUCGAGUUGCGCUAAGGUGUAGGUGUUAGUUUCGGCUUAACAGUUCCUUUAGUUUGUUAGUGCUUUGUUAAUUAUUUUUAGAGUAUAGGUUCGCAUUGAAAGCCGCAUUAAAUGUCAAAUAAAUAUCAAAUUGAUCAAGUUCAAUGAACAAUUUGAAUGACCACCAACAUUAUGGGGUGGCCAUUCGGAUUGGGCACUUAACUCAUCAGUA